AUGGUUAGACCUUUCUCGGAGGUGUGGGAGCACGUGACGAAGGUUACAUCUCAUAGCGGCGUAGUCACCGCGAAUGCCACUCGUAUUAGAGAGCACAUCUACGGGACCCCUCGUUCAAGGGAGAAGAACGUGACGCCGUGUCCGUCCGAGUUUGCCAAGCGGCUUCGUGAAGCCGCCGAGAGGGAUCGGUCUUCCACACCCUCCAGUUCCAACUGUGCCUCUGGCUCUACCUCCACCACGGUCGAGAUGCAGCCCGCAAGACGUUCUAGGCAGCGGGACAUCCGCGAUAUUGCGGAUACCGUUGCCCGCGCGCGUUUGGACUACCUGUGGGCGGCAGUUGUGGCAGAGAAUGAUCUAGCCUUCAACGUCUCCAAAUCGCGUGCGCUACAAGCCUUCGUUGACGCGGCGGUCGUGUUCGCGAAGCCCUACACACUCCCAACCCCUUACAAGGUGUCCGGCUCUCUCCUCGACAAGCUAAGGGCGGACGCCGAGGAGCUUGUAAGGCCAUUGAAGGAGAGUUGGAAGACGACCGGGUGCAGUCUCUCGGUGGACGGGUGGACGUGCAUGAAGUCCCGCGGGAUUGUGUGCGUCAUCGCCCACAACGACACCGCGCCCGUCAUUGUGGACAUUGUCGACUCGAAAACCGCUAAGAAAACUGGAGACUACCUCGCGGAGCAAGUGCAUCGAGUCGUCAUGAUGAUCAAGGGUAGUGCCUCCGCCGCCGUUCUAUUCCGCGAGCUCUUUACCAAGCUUUCAUUGGUGCGGCCGGGUGCGACACGGUUCGGCACUCAAGUCAUCAUGAUACGCCGCUUCUUGGAGGUGAAGGGGGCACUCCAGGCCAUGGUUAUCAGCAAUGAAUGGAAAGGGGUGGCGGUGGCGCAAAAGGCUGAAGGGCAGGAGGUGCGGGCGCUUCUUCUUGACGACGUCUUUUGGGACUGUGUUACUGCGGUGCUCCGCCUCCUCACGCCGGUUUAUGAAGUGCUAAGGGUGGUUGACACACGGGCACAAGUCAUGGGCCAAAUCUAUGGCCUCAUGAUUGAUAUCACGGUCAAGACACUGGAAGCUGCAGAGGCCGCCGCCUCGGUAUUCAUCAAGAAGACGGGCCUGCUCUUGGCCAAGGACAAGAGCACCUUCAUGGCAUCCAUCAAGGGCAUCCUUGCCCGGCGAUGGGACGGGCAACUCCACAACCCACUGCAUGCCCUGGGAUGGCUUCUUAAUCCCCGCAACCAGUACGCGGGGGAGGUGGGAACCGAUGCGGAGGUAAGGAAGGGGGCCGACGCGGUGAUUCAGGCCCGGGGGGGGGAUGUGGCACAGCGCAUCAAGCUGCAGACACAGCUGGUGCAGUUCCAUAAGGGUGAGGGCCGCCUCGGGUCGGAUGAUGCGCUAUGGGCAGCCAAGACCUUGGUGGAGGGGGGGCGCAUGACGGAUGCGGAGUGGUGGUGGAUUUUCGGUGGGGAAGUGCAAGCGCUCCAAGAACUGGCUGUCACGAACCUAUCACAGCCCGUCACCUCGUCCGAGGUGGAGCGGUACUUUUCCGCCCUUGCACGAGUGCAAAGGCGGGAUCGGAACCGCAUCGCGGCCAAGAAGAUGACUGAUGUCACCUUCGUGGCCUUCACCAGGAGGGCCCGCGAUGCGUUUGAUCGCAAAACUCAGAUGCGUGCGAAGUUGUAUGCUGAUCUCACCGACGGAACCCUCAAAGAGGGCAUUCCCGUGCCCCCGCCCGCAACAGUGGAAGAGGAUGAAGGUGGGGCUGAAGAGGAGGAGGGAGCCGAGGUGGCAGAGUGCACCAUCGACUGGACUGUAUUUGGGAGCAUUGGUAAGAAGAAGAAGAAGAAGCGCGCGGGAGAGAGCUCCAAGAGGAAGAGGAAGGAAAAGGGAAAGGGGCCAUGCAAGCGGAAGGGGAGAGGAAAGAAGCGUGUGGUGGUGGAGGAGGAGGAGGAGGAGGAGGAGGAGGAGGAGGAGGAGGAGGAGGAGGAGGAGGAGGAGGAGGAGGAGGAGGAGGAGGAGGAGGAGGAGGAGGAGGAGGAGGAGGUGGAGGAGGAAGAGGAGGAGGAGGAGGAGGAGGAGGAGGAGGAGGAGGAGGAGGAGGAGGAGGAGGAGGAGGAGGAGGAGGAGCAGGAGGAGGAGGAGGCGGCAGAGAGCAAUGGGCGGGAGGUAGGACCCUCCAAGCGUCCUAAGGCAGUCUGGCGGUGGGAGUGGGACUGCAGUGAUGGUGAGAGUGGGGAGGAGAAGGAGGAUGAGGAGGAGGAGGAUGAGGAGGAGGAGGACGACGAGGAGGAGGAAGGGUAG